UGAUAGGGCGAUUACCACAACUUUUCCGCGCAACGUCAAAAUAUCUUACUUCUGUCCGAGACACCGUAUAUUUCUGUGGUACAAAAUGGACAGCAAGUCUGUAACCGAGACGAAAACAGCAGAUAAUUUGCUCAAAACAAGAAAAAGAACACGUUCAAACCUAUGUCUGAACAAGCCAAAGCAACGUGCGAAAUUUGCAAAGCUGCAUAUACUUCCAGAAGAUACUGCAGCAACUGGAGAGCGCCCAACUAAGUCUUCUGAUAUCAGCAGUACGCCAAUGGAUCAGCGCCUCCCUGUAUUUCAGGACGAUAUGCUUAACGCACCACAUAAGAAAAAGAAUAUGAAGUCAAACUUUCGCAAAAGAUUGUUUAAUAAAAGCACAUUGGAGACCAUGACUGAAGAGAUUAUGGAAAUAUUGCCCGGGUUCCUGCAAAAACUACACCAUGAAAAUUUAUGUUAUGACUUUUGCAACUUUAUCAAAUUAGUAUGCAAUAAGAAAUUCCCAUUUAAAAAAAAUUUCAUUCCUUUUUUUUCUCGAUGUUGUUAGAUGGUAUAGUCUGCCAAGAACUUCAAUCUUUCCAUGUGGGGUUUAUCAGUUUGAAUAAGUUCGAAAAGGAAAAGACAUCCUUAUCUAUAUAUAGAUACCAUUGCACUUAUCUAUAACUGAUAGUAUUAACACAGAUCAGACCUUCUGAAAUUUUCCAUAACAUAACGUAUGAUAACAGCAACAUAACGUAACAGCAAGUAAACAAUCUUUCAUCAAAUGAAACAUAUUUGUAUGAAGAUUGCAUAAUUCAAAAGAAGACGGUGGCCAGUAUUUAUCGGUCUAACGGAAAAGAAUGCGGUGUUUGAAUUCAGUGUUGUACGGUGCUCCAAUAUUCGGGUCAGUAGGCCUUUUUUCAACAUAUAUUCCCUGAAAUUUACGAUAGAAACACACAAUUUUGUAUGGAACUUGAACUUAGGGUUAACCAUAAUAAAUAUACGAGCUCGUUAGGUCAUAGAACAAAGACAUCGUCGUUAUAACACACGUUUUUGUGACAGGUACGAGUCAUGUUGAGGUACACACGAUCUUUUGUAAACACUAUUUCUUCGAAGUAUGUGUUUUUUUGUGAAUUGUAUUGUGCUAGAUUAACGAUAAAUUGUCUCAAAAAUUCGAUGGAAUACUUAAACAAUUGGAAUAAUCUUGCAAUGUCCAGCAGUAAGAUAUUUUGUAAGCUAUAACCUGGAAUUUGUUUAUCCCGCCAUUAAUAUUUUGUCCAGAAAUAUACGGUGUCUCGGUCAGAAGGAUGGUAUUUUGACGUUGCGCGGAAAAGUUGUGGUAAUCGCCCUAUCACC